CCCACAAUCGGCUGUGUGUUUUAUCAAAAUUUGACUGGCAGCUCAAAGCUCAGCGUGCAGCGUCUGAAAGAAAAAACAGGUCCCUGGAAGCAGCCAGACUGUCACUGACUGCUGCUAGCACAUGCUCGCUCUCAGCUCGGCACUUUCUUCAGUAGCUGCCAAGAGAGGAGGAGGAGGAGGAAAAGUGAGGCUGGAAGAAACAGACUGAAACACAGAUAGAGAACAGAAAGAGAGAGAGAGAGAGACUUGGACCAACCUGUGACUGCUUGCCUCUGCCUGGCUGACUGUGUGUGUGUGUGUGUGUGUGUGUGUGUGUGCGAGACUGGAGGGAGACUACAAGUGAUGCCUCACACAGUCCCGAGCAGCACAUAGCCAGGACUUUGCUCAGCUUUCUUUGCCCCCCCUAUACCCCCCUCCUUCUGUUUCAAUGAUGAGAAGAGAUCGCAUCUUAUUAGCUGUGACCCUCACGGCCAUCUUCUCCGCCGACCUCUACUUCAUCCUCUUGCCAAAGAUGCGGAGCAAGGGCCUGACAUCGGGACACUCCUGCUCAUGUGGCCCCAACAAACUCACCCUCCCCCCCAGCCAGGGGGGUCUGGCCACGCCGCAGCUCUCCAACUGGACUUCUGCACCACUCCUGGACGGCACCACGUCUGAGCCUGCGUACGGAGGCUCAAAACUGGUGAGGCUUUUCUCUCACCCUCUAUACAACAUCCAGACUCCGGCUCUGGGGCCAGAAGAGAGACUGCUGCAGGUGGAACAGCUGAUUGACUACUAUAGGAGGAAGGUGUCGCACUGGGAAAGACAUAUGAAGCUCUACAGUCUGGCAGCGGCUCUGGCUAACAUCACUGUGACUAAUCAUGAGGUGACCUACGACCCUGAUACCAGCUGGCUGAAGUUCCACCUGGGAAUAAACCGCUAUGCUCUGUACUCCCGUGAUGACCCUACUGUCCUUCAACUUAUCAAGGACAUGCAGAGCAUGACAGUUAUCAGUGCAGAUUACACUCAAGAUGAGAAAGCCCUAAAAGGAGCGUGUGAUUGCACCCAAGUGGUGAAGCCCAGCGGACAUCACCUGAAACUGGCCCUGAAAAUGCGCAACCUAGCUAAAGCCAUGUUUAAACCAAUGAGGCAGCAGAGGGACGAGGAGACUCCAGAAGACGUCUUCUAUUUCGUUGACCUCCAGAGACACAAUGCAGAGAUUGCUGCUUUUCAUCUGGACAGGAUCCUAGACUUCCGGAGAGUUCCUCCAGUGGUUGGCAGGCUGGUGAACAUCACUAGUGAAGUCCUAAAAGUAACCCAGAAUGAAGACCUACGAGCUGUGUUCUUCACCUCCCCGGCAAACAACACUUGUUUCUUUGCCAAGUGCCUGUAUGUGUGCAAGACAGAAUAUGCAGCGUGCGGGAGCCCCGACCUGCUGGAGGGCUCCCUGUCCGCCUACCUGCCGGGACUCAGCAUUGCUCCCCGCAUCUCCAUCCCCAGCCCGUGGAUCCGUUCCUACACCUUCACCGGACGGGAGGAGUGGGAAGUGAAUCCUUUCUACUGCGACACAAUAAAGCAGCAGUACCCCUAUAACUCAGGAAACAGGCUCCUAAACAUCAUAGACAUGUCCAUCUUCGACUUUCUCAUAGGGAACAUGGACAGACACCACUAUGAGAUUUUUACCAAGUUUGGGGAUGAAGGCUUCCUUCUUCACUUGGACAAUGCCAGAGGGUUUGGGAAGCACGCUAAAGAUGAGAUGUCCAUCCUGUCUCCACUGUCCCAGUGCUGCAUGAUAAAGCAAUCCACACUACUAAGGCUGCAGCUCCUGGCCCAAUCAGAGUUCAGGCUCAGUGAUGUGAUGAGGGAGUCCCUGCAGGAAGACUCUUUAAGGCCCAUCCUGACAGAGCCCCACCUGUUGGCCCUGGACCGCAGGUUGCACAAGGUCCUCCGAGUGGUCCACCGGUGCGUCCGGAGGCUGGGCAAAGACGAAGUGAUCACUGAGGACUUUUUUAAAUCCACAGUGACUCCCGAGGCUGCCACAGACGGGACGAUGCAAAGGUAACAGAGGAUGCGCUCGGCUUCUGGCUGCUCGGGAAGAGACUCGUAUAAAUAAGACUCGAUAAAUUUUUAGGAAAAAGCCGUGAGUCUUCAUCACAGAAGGAAGGAAUCUCUGACACCUUCACAUUUUUAAAUAAAGACCCUGUUUGUUUUUUUUUAAAUGAAAUAAAAUGAAGCUUUGUGAGUGGAAACUUACAGCAUCUGAUAUGUAGAGCCACCACUGGAUCAGCUUUUUUUUUUUAAUGAUUGUUGGUUUACACUGUGGAUGUGGAAAGAGAGCUCUGCGUGUCCGUGACAUAUAAUCAGAAAAUAAAGUCUUUAUGUGAUGAUUCUGCAAGUUCUGAGGAGAAGUUAUCACCUUAGAGCGGCAGACUGUGUGUGUGCGCGCUCAGCCAUAUGUUUGUGAGAAAAGUGCUACCUAUUAAACAGCCACUUAGUUUACUCCACCCUGUUUUCCAGACUUGUAAUCCUCCGUCUCAUCAGAGUGUUUAAACAGCUUCACAACGUCACCGUCAGCUCCGCCAGGCAAGGAUACAGAAACAGCAAACCCAAAACAAUUAGCAAAUAUGCAUUUCGUUGCACCACGGUAAUAACUCUCACCCACGCGGACUUGUGUGAGGUUUUCGUCUGAACAUGUCAGAGCUUUGACCCGUUCAUUCCCUUUGUUCUCCUCCAACUAACCUGAUAGUCUGCGUUGCUCUGUGAUGUAGAGUAAGAUAAAUAACCACAACUAUUUUUAAGAGACUUUAGAGCCAAGUGGAGUCAGACUUGAGCUUGACAAAGCAGACAGAGUGGCUGAUAAGGAUCCUUUACUUAAAACAGGCCCUUGAGCACAGGUAAAUCCCUUCAUACCGAAGCAUUUUUACAAUACGCCUUCUCUAAAAGCUUUCAGUGAAUGAAUGUCUAAAAUAAAAGAUUUGCCAAAGGAAAGCACAGAGAGGAUUUGCAAAUAACCAGUAGCUAAAGUUUAGAGAAAUAUAAAUGUUGGGUCAUAGUGCCAAAUACAACAAUCUAACUUUAAAUGUGCUCAGUUGAAUAAUAUCUGCUAAAGACAGAGUUUUAAAAAGCUUGAGAAAAAAACAAAUUUAUUAUAAACUGGACAAAAUUCUCAAAUGAGGAAUGAAGAAUUGUAUCUGUUGUUUAAAUUGUUUAAUUUAGGCUUUUUCUUGUUGAGCAAAUCAAUGUUGUUUAUUUUUCUGUGCAAUACCUCCACCUAGUGUGCAAAUUUGAUAUUACAUCUUUUUGAAAAUACAGGGACAUGGCGGGCAGGUGCUUUUCUUAAACUUUACUAUUAGAUAUUUCGAGGUGUUGAACUGCUGGUUGGGUAUUUUUUGAAAUAAAGGACAU